AUGUCGGAACCUAGCGAAAGGCUGGUACAGGGUGCCCAAAUGGCUCAAGCCUUCUUGGGGGCCAAACUUCUUAGCGCCAUUCAAGAGCAAGCACGCGACGAUCUUCCAAGCAAAGUCAGUGCCGAAUACAUUGCGGAAGUGUGUUUCUCUAGUUAUGCUCGUCCCGGACUCGAGUUUAAGGAGAGGUCUCUGGUCAACAUUGGCAUGAUGAUAGCGCUCAACAGGACCCCAGAACUACGCAUACAUAUCGCGGCAGCACUCAACCUUGGUAUUUCUGAGGAGAAGAUUGUAGAGACUUGCCGGCAUGCGAUGAUUUACUGCGGCGUUCCGGCCGGCAGAGAAGCUUUGGCUGUUGCAAGCGAUAUUUUUGCCAAAGUCAGGGGUACCACAAAGGAAGAAAGAGCAAAGAUGUCCUAA